AUGUCUCUUACAAUUGAUAAGCUGUAUGAGCUGCAUAGAUCAUUGUCUCAUCCGGGCAUGACUUGUAUGACACAUUUCGUUAAAAGUCGAAAUCUACCCUUUUCAGUAGAGGAUGUAAAGUGCAUGACACAAGCUUGUAAGGAAUGUCAAGAGUGUAAACCAGAAUACCAUUCUCCGGAGCCUUCACACUUGAUAAAAGCUACUCAACCUUUUGAAAGACUGAACAUAGACUUUAAAGGUCCCGUGCCCAGUGAUAAUCGAUGUCGAUUUCUGUUAACUAUCAUUGAUGAGUAUUCUAGAUUUCCCUUCACAUUCCCAUGUGAAGAUGUUAGUGCUCGAACCAUAUAA